AUAAGGAGGUACACACCAUAUGGUUUCGGUGCGGAGUAGCGCGCGUAAGGCGCAAUGUCAGGAAAGCAAGCCGCCAGCUCGGAGUUAGCAUCAAAAAGCGUAUGUGGUAACACAUGAACACUACACAUUAAGGUUUCCUCCUCAUGGUGACAGCGCCGCAGGCUGGCUUUGUUUAAGGGCUGCGCCCUUUGGGACAAGGUGUGUUUUUUCCUUGACCAUUAACUAGGCUUUACUACCUGUUACUUAGUCGUAUGGGGCAACGAAAUACGGGCGCUGCGGACCUGGCCCGACCUGACAUGGAGAGCGCUGCGGGAGCAGCGCUCGAUGCGCCCCUCCUGGAGCACUCCGCCUCGCCCUUCCUCUACGAGGACGUCCCUCCCUCGCCCAAACACAACUUCUGGGAGUGCACCUUCAACCUCACGAAGGUCAUCCUGGGAGCCGGAAUCAUGGCUCUCCCCCGCGCCGUGUCGCUGCUGGGUUGGGGCCUGGGUGUAUCGCUGCUGGUGCUGGUGGGCCUGCUCACCCACUUCACCGUGCAUGGCCUGGUGUACGCCUCCGACCGGUUGCGGCGGGACAGCUACUCGGGGCUGGUGCGCACGGCGCUGGGGCCGCUGGCGGAGAAGGUGCUGCAGGCCGUGAUGCUGCUUGGCUGCCUGGGCUUCGAGGUUGUGUACAUUGACAUCAUCGGGGACAUGCUCGUAGGCGAAGCGCCCGCGCAUGACGGUCUCAUCACCCGAUGGCUGCCGGAGGAGGAGAGGUCCCAGUGGUGGGUGGGUCGCCCCUUCAUCCUCGCCGCGCUCACGGGCUGCGUCCUGGCGCCACUCGCCUCCCUGCGAACCAUGGGUCACUUGGGCGUCGUCAACGUCAUCGGCCUGCUCUCACUCGUCGCAUUCGCCGCCGCGACCUGCUGGCUGGGCGCGGCAGCCGUCGCCAAGGGAACCGCCCACGUGCUGCCCCUGGGCCCCGACCUAGAAGGCUUGGGCUCCGACACCCCCAGUCGCAUCACCGCUGCCCUCUCCGUGGUUCCCAUCCUGCUAACGGCCGCCUCCUGUCACCAAUCCGUACACCCGCUUCGAUCCAUGCUGGUGCCGUACAGUCCUGCCGUACUGGAUCGUGUCGUGGGGUCUUCGUUGGCGCUGGUGACGGUGCUGUUUGUGGUGGUUUCGGGGGCGGCGUACACGGCGUUCGGUCGGGAGGUGCGAGGCAAUUUCCUGAAUAACUUGUCGCCUCCGCAGCUGGCGCCGUUGAUAGGGGAGGCUGCGGGGGUUGCAGUGUCGCUGGGGGUGAAGGGCGGCUACACGGCGUCGCUGGUGGGCUCCUCGGUGCUCAUCAUGUUCCCGCUGCGGCAGGCGGUCAUGGAGCUGGUCGCCCCCGCCCAGGUGGCACCCGGAGCUCCCCCCGUGUCCACAACCCUCUACCUCUCCUGCACGUACGGCCUGCUGGCCUCAGCGUACGGCAUUGCCGUAUUCGUACCUUCCAUCUGGGACGUCAUCAGCUUUGUGGGCGCGGUCGCCUGCACCAUCAUGUGCUUCAUCAUCCCCGCGGCCCUGCUGGUGCGUUAUAAGGACCACCGUACGGUUUCGCAUGCCGUACAACGAGCCGUUGCAUGGUUGGUUGGGUUGCUGGGGGUGGCGCUGUUUGUGAAUGUGUUUGCGGGUAUGUGGCUGGCGUCUCGGCAGGUUGGGGGCGUGCCACCUGCCUCCCCGCAACCUCAGCAGCCGGGUGAUGGUGAUGGGGUGG